AUGCCGAGGCGAAGAAAAGAAAACCAACCAGUCGAGGUGGAAGCGGCGGCGACAUUCGAGGGAUGGGAUGACAUGGAUGAAGCCUCCAAAAGGAGAAUCCGGAAUCGUCUGUCCCAACGCCACUUUCGGGAGCGCAAGUCUCUGUACAUCAAGAGCCUCGAGAAAGCAUCCAAGGCGAGCACUCAGACGGAAAGCGCACGGAACAAGGCUCUGUCAAAGGAGCUCGCAGACCUGCGAACAGCCACGUUAAAGAUGCGGGCGCAGAUUUUGAAGCUAUCAUGUUCGCUACACGCCGUAGGCACCGAGGUCGGCAAGAUCCUUCACGUCAAGGGGCUGGAAGACUCGGACUCUACUCCCGAGCUCCAAGACACCAAUCCCAUGUCGUCGCCAUUGAGUAAUCUAGCCUACGAAGAAGAAAGCUCCAGUCCCGGAUGCUUGAACCCUGGCAACCUCUCGGACGAGUAUGCAGAGUAUCCAGAAUUAACCGAGCUGAACCUGCAACCCCACCACACAGAGCAUGACAACGAGCGUUUAUCUCGGUCUGAAGCUUCCCAGAGAACAGACACAGGGCGUGAAACUCGCCCACCAGACGAAACGUCAAACGACAACGUUCCAGUAUUGAACCCUUCUCCAAGCUCGGCAGAUGACCUGCAGCCCGAAACCGGGACACACCAAGGGGAACAACACCCUUCUCAUCACUUUGUCAAUCAUAACGGAAGUCUUCCCAAUGCAACAGUGCAGGCGGCAAGCCCCGAGUGGGGUGUUGGUGACCCUAACAGCCUUGAAUUCUACUCACAACCCAUGGGACCUAUAGGAUUCCAAGUCUAUGGCACGACCUUUGCCUCACCACGCGCAGCGACAAGGAUGACAUCUCCUGCCGCUGUUGGCGCCAGUGCCACGGCAAGUUUUGACACUGCUCAGCAGGUUGCCGGCCAGACAUUGCAUACGCAUACCGCUGCGCCGGGUCACCCAGACCUCCCCGUCCAUCAGAGAGCAUCGCUGCAGCAAGCAGGACAGCACCAGGAGCAUCAGCAUCAGCAGCAUGGUCCUGAUCCGCUCCUCCAAAGUGUUCCUGGGCAGACCAACCUCAGCCUUCCUGCUGGCCACUUCCCACCAUGGUUUGGCGGGGAUUUAUCCCCAAACAAUCCUUCCUCUGCCUUUGCAAGACAUAUGGAGACUCUGGAGCUCCAAGUCCGCUGCCGGAUCGAUGCUGCCCCAGAUGGAUCGAGCAGGGAAAAGCUGAUCCGCUCGUGCUCGACUAUCAUGUCUCUGUUUGUCCAAAAUGCCUGGCCGUCGUCCUACUCGGUGUGGUUCAAGUCUCAAGUGCCUCAAAUCAUCGGACCGAUCCUGCUGUGGCGCAUCUGUCCCUCGUACGACACGUAUAACCUGCUCGGGGCAAACUACAAACCAACCGAGCUACAACUUUCUGUCCCGCAUUCGGCCGUGAUCGACUGGGUUCCGUAUUCGGAGCUGCGAGACAAGAUCAUCAUGUACUACAACCAAUCGGUGGUCCUGGACAGACUGCUGUGCGACAUGAUGAACUCGUACGUGAUCGAGGUGCCGGACCUCGCUCAGAUCCUGCCCCAGGCUCCACGCGGCCGGGCUUACUUUGGAAUAUGGAACAUCUUCCGCGCCAUCGACGUGGCCUUUGAAAACCAAAACAACAACAGCCGCCGCAGCAAGCCGGGCCGGUCGCCCGGUUCGGCGCCUGCCACGGCAGACUAUGCUAACCAGUCGGCCGAUGAGGGCAUGCUCAAUGUCGACGACGAUCCGUGUGGUAUAUAUGCCGAGUUUGCGCUGAGUGAGCACGCUGGCUCACCACCAGCCGGGGGUGUCUCCGGGAAGGAAGACGAUUACGACUAUGCCGCUGCCUCCUCAUCAUCGACCUCAGCUUCGCAUUCGGGUGGUGGCAAACCGUUCAACCUCGUCGAUAUCUUCACGACCCCGGCAUCGGUCCUCAAACUCUCACACGACAUCCGUCUCUACGCGAGUCGAUCGUGGCGGUUCGACCGCACCCUCUUCGACAAGUACCCCGAGCUCAAGUUUGACGGGUACGAGAAUGUCGUGGCCCAAGGUCGCUCGUGCCGCAUUCCCACAGCCCCCCCUGAUGGGCCAAUCGAAAUGACGGAGCAGACGAUGCAGAUAUACCAAAAGGCACUGGAGAGAUCGGUAUAG